AACCUACGCAACAAAGAAAGAAUAGACUCCCUGUCAAGAGAACUCAAAACCAAACUACCUUGCAAUCCUCCCAUAAAUAUCAACUGUCAGCAUAUUCAUUAAAAAAAAAAAAAACCCUAAAACAUUGGCACAUUGAGGGAUAUCAAAAUCAAAAAGGUCUAUGAGUAGAUGAAUUAGUUGAUGAACUGUUAUGGACCAAGGUAAACCUACCCAAUCGCGAUCGCUUUUUUUACCGAAAACGGAACGGAUAGAGGAAGAUGAAGCUCUUACGUUGCAUGUUCAUCUACCUGGUUUUGCUGAGAAGCAUAUAGAUUGUAGGAUAGUUGCACCAUCACAUUAUAUCAGAGUCUGUAGUAAUCCCGCACUUAAAAACUGGCACUUCGAUACACUUUUCGAGGAUAUUCCUGAAAAAUUUAACCUCUAUGAAGCAAAAACCAAAUUUGAUGAUGGAACUCUAACCAUCAGAGUUCCAAAAGUAAUUCCUGCUCAAGCUAGUACUGGUGCAUUAGAGGCCCCAACAAGACAGGAAGCUCCAAGCCUACAAGAAAGUAAUACAAGCAGGUUAGGGCCUGAAAUGAGUGGAGAUGGUACUGCAAGACAACAAACUGUGGAUAAAGAAAUUAUAGAAACCAAAGGUGUUGAAGGUGGAAAAAACAUGAGCGAAUGGAUGUCUCAAAAGGAAGUAGAUGAUCAAAGCACUAUAGGACAGGUUGGUGAUAAAAAGGAAGAGGAGAAGAGUGGUGAAAGUGUUGAACAAGAGAAGGAAGGGGAGGUAAAGGAUAUGGAGAAUGCAAGUUCUUCUUCUGGAACGUCUGUGAAUCACAAUAUUGUAACAAGGGUGGUGACUGAAAGGCUAUAUAUAGUAGAUAAAUUCACCAUACUCUCUUUGAUCCUGGCAAUUGGAGCUUAUGUAUUCUAUACCAUCUAUGGCCAAUCUAGAAAGAAGGCAGAAUGAAUAUAGAGAUGAUCAAGACUAGCAAAAGUUAGUUUGAUACAUCUAACUUCUAUAUGUACACCACAUGUAUUUCUUGUACAUGAGCAUGCCCCAUGACUAGCUUGGUGGCAUCAAUGAAGCAGCUAUUUACACUGUAUUCGAAGCAGUUUUCAUCUGUAGUUUAAUCAAUUCAAGGAAAAUGAAAAAAUAAUUACGAUA